CACAAUUGUGUACGCAAAUUUUCUACUUUUAUUUGCUCCUUAAUACCACUCUGCUCCUCUCGGGACACACCGUACACGAUUGUGUACACCUUUGGCCACGGGUAAGUGGCGCCAUCUCACGGAAACUAUUCAAAACACACCGAGAAACGCCGACUGCAAGAUGGACGCCUCCACGUUUUACGGGAGCGCCGAGCUCAGCAAUCAUGCGAGAAAUCGGACAAGGAUGGACAAUGAUUCGGCACAAAGGCUACUGAUGAAAAUAGCAGAUGGGAACACGUCUGAUAUCGGCCUGACAGAUGAUGAAGACGCCGAGCUACCUCCACCACAACCCGCGGACACCCCUGGCGGAGAGCCAGGCCCAUCGGCAGCAGUACAAGCGCCCUCACUUCCUGAAAACGACGAGGAAGACGAAGGCGAUACGAGAACCAAGCAAAAAACUCGAACUGUUUGGAUGGCGAAGGACUUUGCGCCACCUGACGUUUCGUUUGAGUGCAACCAGCGUCCACUAGAAGAAGUGGCUGAACCUGUAGAAUACUUUUCCAGGUAUUUUCCUGAGCCAUUGUUCGAGGAAAUGGCGCGGUGUACCAACAUCUAUGUACUAGAGACAACCGGAGCCAUUCUUGCAACCACUCCAGAAGAGAUCAAAACAUUUCUUGGGAUGCUAAUGAUAAUGGGAACGCUGAAGUUUCCACGCAUCAGAAUGUACUGGCAAACGGCGACCCAAAUUCCUGUUGUCUCAGAGGCAAUGAGCGUAAACCGAUUUUUUAAGCUGCGCUCAGCCCUGCACAUCACAGAGUCGUCGUCACCGCGCUCUCCGACUGACAAGUUCUGGAAGGUGAGGCCACUGCUUGAUGCCAUCAGAGAGCGGUGUUUGACACUGCCACCGUGUGAAAGAAACAGCAUCGAUGAGCAAAUGGUGCCCUUUACGGGCAGAGUGGCUGCCAAACAGUUUGUAAGAAACAAACCCAACCCAGAAGGAGUUAAGGUGUUUAUCCGUUGCAGCUCGGAAGGCAUGGCGUACGACUUUGAGUUGUAUCAGGGAAAGGGCACUGGCACUUCUGAGGAACACAAGCACCUUGGCCUGGGUGGCUCUAUUGAAAUGAGGUUAGUUGAGCACAUGCCAAAGUUCGGUAAUUUUAAGUGUUAUUUCGAUAACUACUUCACGUCGGUGCCUCUUCUCCGAGAGUUGAAGGAAGUUGGGAUUUGGGCGGUUGGGACCAUCCGCGCCAACAGACUGCAGGGCUGUGUCCUGAAACCCGAGAAGGAGUUGAGGCGUGAAGGCAGAGGAAGCUUGGAUUACAAGGUCACGAGAGAAGGUGACGUCACACUUGUGAGGUGGCAAGACAACGGGAACGUCAACAUUGCUUCGACUUACGUUGGCGUCGAGAACUUGUCCACGGUAAGAAGGUGGAGCGAAGCCACUAAGCAGCAUGUAGACAUCGCUUGCCCAGCGAUCAUCAAGGAAUACAACGCCUUCAUGGGCGGUGUAGACAAAAUGGAUUACUUGCUUUCACUGUAUCCGCUCAGACAACGGACGAAGAAAUGGACAGUGCGAGUUAUGUCUCACUUUGUUUCAUUCGGUAUCGUAAACAGCUGGCUUGAGUAUCUCAGGGAUGCUCAGGAAAACCGCACGCCACGAAAGAGCGUCCUUGACCUCCUGGGCUUCCAGAAUGAGGUUGCGCUGUCGCUAAUCACGUGCAACAAGGCCGUUGCUAAGAAGCGUGGCCGUCCAAGCCUCCAGCAGGCAGGCGAACCACCAAAGAAAGUGCACAACGCAGAACCACGACCUGUCAGGGCGGUUCGCUACGAUGGCCUCAACCACUGGCAAGCCCAUGUUGCGCAAACCUUUGCUCAGCGCUGCAAGUUCGAAGGCUGCACAUCGAGGACGCGCAUUCGGUGCAGGAAAUGCAACGUGUACCUCUGCCUCUCGGCGAACAACGAUUGCUUCUUCGCUUUCCACAACAAGUAAACAUUCUCUUCCGUUUCCUGGUGCUUGUGCAAAGCAAAUCUGACGCGAAAGCCUUGAAAAAUUAGUUAGAAAUAAAAACUGCUUUGAUUUUUGUAUCAACUACCUGUUGGAUAUUUUUGUACCCAGUGAUACACAAUGUACACA